UGUUAGAAUAUCUCCGGUGACCGAAAACCACCCCUUUAAAAACAGUUUUAUAACUAGGGGGUGUGUCAAAUCAAGUUGACAUCAAGCUCACCUUUUCGUUGUCAAACAAGCAGUGGGGAAGAUUGUCGUGCGGGCAGUGAUCGUUUGCUUGAGUGGUAUUAAUUUAAACGUGUGAUACGAAUCACGCUGUUAAUUCUAAUCGGAAUAAUUUAUUGUGUACCAGGUGUGUUUUUACAUUGUGAAGAUGGCUGCAUCUGCAAAGUGCCUUGGCAAAGGAAGCCCUGCUCCUGGCCCAGUGCCUGAAGGGAUGAUUCGGCUCUACAGUAUGAGGUUCUGUCCCUUUGCACAGCGAACACGUCUCUUCCUUGAAGCAAAAGGUGUCAAGUUUGAAACCAUCAACAUCAACCUGAAGGACAAGCCUGACUGGUUCACUGAGAAGAAUCCCAUUGGCCUGGUCCCUGUAUUGGAGACGCCCAAGGGUCAGGUGAUCUAUGAGUCACCAAUCACAUGCGAGUAUCUGGAUGAGGUGUAUGCGGGAAAGAAGCUAAUUCCAACCGAUCCCUAUGAGAAGGCCAAACAGAAGAUGCUGGUGGAGCAUUUCUCCAAGGUAAUUGCACUUUAUUAUAAGAUCACCAUGGCCAAGAAAAAUGGUGAAGAUACUUCUGUGCUAGAGGAGGAAAUGAAGUGUAAAUUCACCCAGUUCAACGAGGUCCUUGCCAACCAGAAGAGCCAGUUCUUUGGAGGAGAUUCUGUGUCUAUGAUUGACUACAUGAUCUGGCCCUGGUUUGAGAGAUUGGAAGUCGUCUCCUUGAACAAGUGUCUUGAGCACACCCACAAUCUCAAGUCCUGGGUAGAGCGCAUGAAGGAGGACCCUGCUGUAAAGGCAACCAUGUCUGAUCUUGAAACCUACAAGGGCUUUUAUAAGCUCUAUUUGGAAGGCAACCCAGACGCCUAUGAUUAUGGGCUGUAAGGUGGUUUAGGGGUAACUACUGUCCCUUUUAAUGUCCAACAUUAUUUUAGUUCUAGUGUUGUAUGAAAUCAUGGGACUGUGGUCAAUUUAAAUAACCAACCACCUCCCUCCAGCCCAUUUUGUGGUUUUGUGAUAUUUUCAUUGGACCAGUUUCCCUUCAAUCCAAAUAAAAGGACAUGACAAAGAUGCAUAUUUACUUUCAUUGUGCAUAUAUAGUACAACAAUAAAUCAUGUGUUUAUUUUUGCAGACAUA